UUAUAACCAUCGCCAUAUACUAACAAUCAUUUCCAUGUUUGUGGCAUAUGGAUCUACGCUUCCAGUUCCACACACAAAUGAUUACAACGACUACGAUAGUUUCACACAACGAACGAUCAUAACGAAUCAUGGAUCAAGUGCACAAAGUCGUAUUACAUUUGGACAUCGUUUACAAUCUGCAUCCACCCACCAGGAUAUUAUUGAACCAUCAUUACGUGCAUUUAAUACGAAACGUCGUUAUGGAGACGAUACACAACGUCUAGAACGUUAUACACGACGAUUGUAUUUACCACAAGGAUUAAAUACGAAUAGUGUUUAUGCAGGCCACCCGAUUUAUCCUAUACCUGGUUUUGGACGUGCUAUCGAAGCGAUAGAAACAAUGGCACCACGUGGUGUAUUUCUUCCACCAGAAAGUUCAUUGGAUUUGAAUAUUUUGGAUCCAGAUCAUAGACCAGAUUUUUCUAAUGGAUUAGAGCAUCCAGAUCCAUUUUUAUUAACUGGUGAAGCUGCAAAACGGGCUGUCGCAUAUCUAUCGAAAAAAGAAUUAUUUUUCCAUGAAUUUCCACAUGCUGAAGCAUUAGUUCGUAACAAUCAAGAACGACGUGAAAACGGUUUACCCGAAAAUUAUUUAAGUUCAUCUCGUCAUAGUUCACCAUUUUAUCGAUAUGGAUAUAAUCAUUUGUAAAAAUAAAGUUAUUUUAUUUUAAUAGAAAGUCAACAUAUACAGAAAAUUAAAAACAACAAAAUUGGCGGUAUUUCCAAGUUCAUACAAAAACACCAAAUUAUUAAUUAAGCUGUGGCAGUUCGAAACAAACUUUUC